AUGGAACUGACAUCCUACCUCAUUCUCCUUGGCCUCCUUGUGCCGCUCAGGAUCAUCACUUACUGGGUUGUACCGUAUUUCACAACUUACAAGGAACUUCGGCCCAUUCCCGGUCCCUUCAUCUGCAAGUUCAGUAACAUAUGGAUAGCGCUUGGUGCGAGAAAUGGCCAGAAAUAUGCUUGGGUAGACUGGGCGCACAAGAAGUACGGUAAAGUCGUGCGGGUUGGGUUCAACCAUGUCUCAAUCGCUACACCCGAGGGUUUGCACACUGUUUAUGCGCAUGGGAAUGGGUUUCUCAAAGACCACUUUUAUGAAGCUUUCGUCUCCGGCGUCCCUGGUGUAUUCAACGUCAGAGAUCGUGUUCAGCACACUAGGAAGCGCAAAAUCAUCGCCCACGCCUUCUCGCCAGCUUCGGUGCACGCUUUCGAAACGCAUAUGUCGAAUAAUCUUCGGCGAUGGGUCCGUCAGUUAGACAAAUUGGCUGCCCAAACUCCCGAAGAUACUUACUCGAGGGUGAAUAUGAUGCCUUGGUGCACCUAUGUAGCAUUUGACAUUAUUGGCGACCUUUCUUUUGGGGCCCCUUUUGGCAUGGUCGACCGAGGCCAGGACUUGUGUGAGUCGCACAUACCCGGAGAACCCAUCGCAUACGUCCCAGGGGCAGAAACGUUGAAUCGGCGCGGAGAGGUCAGCUCUUGCCUCGGAUUACUACCAGAUAUUAGACCAUACGCUAGGUACCUUCCCGAUCCAUUCUUCUCCAAAGGGUUACAAUCGGUCAGAAAUCUUCACGGCAUGGCUGUGGCGGCCGUCGAGAAGCGCCUUGCGGUAGCUCAGCAGACGGAUGGAAGCAAAAGUAGAAACGACAUUCUCGAUAUGUUACUUCGAGCCAAAGACUCUGACGGAAGCCCCAUGCCACGCGAGGAACUUGUAUCCGAAGCACUCACCCAGCUCAUUGCUGGUAGCGAUACGGUUUCAAACACUGCUUGUGCCAUAAUCUACUACAUCCUGGCUGGGGAACGGGCAGCCCCUGGCACCAUUCUGCCCAAAUUGCUUAGAGAGCUCGACGGUGCCAUUCCCGCCUCGGAGGGGAUUGCCCAGUUUUCUCAGGUCCGAAGUCUGGAGUACCUUCGAAGAUGCAUUGACGAGGCCAUGCGUCUACACUCAACUUCAUCCAUAGGGUUACCGCGUAUCGUGAUGGCCGAGCAUGGUAUUGGGUAUGCAGAUCAGCACUUCCCUAUUGGUACCGUUUUAUCCGUUCCCAGCUUCACAAUUCACCACGAUCCCGAUGUCUGGGGCGAUGAUGUGGAGGUAUUCAGGCCUGACCGUUGGUUGCCUGAAAAUCUUACGCCGCGGCAGAAGGUUUGCUUCAAUCCGUUCUCUUAUGGGCCCAGAGCUUGCGUGGGUCAAAAUGUUGCACAUAUGGAAUUGGCUCUCAUUGUGGGCACUGCCUUUCAUCGAUACGACUUUGAGCUACAGCAGGCAAAGUUGGAAUCCCACGAAGGUUUCUCAAAGAAACCACUGGAGUGCUGGGUGGGAAUCAAACGGAGACACUAG